ACGCUCAGUUUCGGUAGAACUGUAAAAACGUUAAGGCCAGCUGUGUCCGCAAUGGAGCCCGUUACGAUAGUGUUGACGGCCUUUAUUUUCGUGGUCUCGAUCGUGUAUCUGUUUGUGCGCAGCAAGCACAACUUUUGGAAGGACCAGGGCGUACCGUACGCACCGAAGCCACACCUGUUCUACGGGCACGUGAAGGGACAGUCCCGGACGCGCCAUGGUGCCGACAUUAAUCAGGAGCUGUACCGAUACUUCAAGCAGCGCGGUGUACCGUACGGUGGCAUCAGUCUCUUCAUUAUGCCGUCGCUGAUCGUGGUCGAUCCGGAGCUGGUGAAGACGAUUCUGGUGAAAGACUUCAACGUGUUUCACGAUCGGGGCGUGUAUUCCAAUCCGCGAGAUGACCCAUUCACGGGCAAUCUGUUCGGGCUCGAGGGAACACCGUGGCGAUUGUUGCGUCAGAAGCUUACGCCGACGUUCACCUCGGGCCGGAUGAAGCAAAUGUUCGGCACCAUCUGGGCGGUAGCGCUUGAGUUGGAAAAGUAUAUGGAGGAGAACUACAACCAGCCGGAGGUGGAGAUGAAGGAUGUGCUGGGACGGUUUACGACCGAUGUGAUCGGGACGUGCGCGUUCGGCAUCGAGUGUAACACGCUCAAGACGCCGGACUCGGACUUCCGCAAGUACGGCAACAAGGCGUUCGAGCUGGACCCGAUAACGUUGACAAAGUUUUUCUUUGCCACCUCGUACCCGCAGCUGGCACGUAAGCUACACGUCCGAACGACGCAGCAGGACGUGGAAGACUUUUUCAUGAAAAUUGUGCGCGAAACGGUCGACUAUCGUGAGACGAACAACGUGCAGCGGAACGACUUUAUGAAUCUGCUGCUGCAGAUCAAGAACAAGGGCAAGCUGGACGAUCACGGUACGGUUGUUGGGAAGGGCGAGGUUGGGUUAACGCACAAUGAGCUAGCGGCCCAAGUGCUGAUCUUUUUCCUGGCCGGCUUCGAGACGUCCUCAACCACGCAAAGCUUCUGUCUGUACGAGCUGGCCAAGAACCCGGACAUUCAGGAUCGCUUGCGGGAGGAGAUCAACCGUGCGAUCGAGGAGAACGGCGGCGAGGUGACGUACGAUGUGGCGAUGAACAUACAGUAUUUGGACAACGUAAUCAACGAAACGUUACGCAAAUAUCCUCCGGUUGAAACGCUCACACGCAAACCGUCGAGUGAUUAUGUGAUACCCGGCACCAGGCACAUCGUACCGAAGGACACGGUCGUACAGAUACCGAUCUACGCGAUCCAGCGCGAUGCGGACCACUAUCCCGAUCCGGAACGGUUCGAUCCCGACCGUUUCCUGCCGGAGGAGGUGAAAAAACGACACCCGUACGUGUUUUUGCCGUUCGGCGAGGGACCACGCAUCUGCAUCGGGUUGCGGUUCGGCAUGAUGCAGACGAAGGUGGGCCUGAUAAACCUGCUGCGUCGGUUCCGCUUCUCGCCGUCCGCACGGACACCGGAGCGGGUUGUAUACGAUCCGAAGAUGUUUACGCUGUCCCCUAUCGGUGGGAACUAUCUGAAGGUGGAUAAGAUUGCGUAGCUGCUAUCAUGAGGCGGCCGUGUGUUCUUCAACACACUUUUACUAUAAGUCGCACUUUUACGAGAUCAAAUACAUCUUUUUUUACGUA